UUAUAAUCGAAUAAUCGGUAACAUUUUCUAACUAGAAGUCAUAGUCCUAGAAUAACAAAACUAAAAUGAGUUCCCAAGAUGAUCAAAAUGACCAAGGAUCAUCAUCAGAAAAUCUAUCACAUGGCGUCGCUGCCAGUAUUUUUCAGACCAACACCGUCAUCACCACCUUCUACCGCCUAGUCAAUGCCAUUGGAACCUCCGAAGAUACUCCUGAUCUCCGCCAAAAGCUACAUCGUACAAGGCAGCAUGUAAUGACAUUGGUAAAAGAUGUUUCUGCCAAGCUCAAAACAUUGAGUGAUUCCGAUCAUGCUGCUAAUGUCCCUGUAUCCCUUGCUUUUCUCUGUAUAUUGGUAUUUUGUAAUACUAUGUGCUAUGGUAUUGUGUAACAAGUGAAGAGAUAGUUUCAAAAUCAAUGUUGUGCUAUCUUUUUUCAGAGAGGCAAAAAAAUUGAAGAUGCUAAGCUUGCAAGAGAUUUUCAAGCUAGUUUAAAAGAAUUUCAGAAAGCUCAGAAGCGUGCUUUGGAGCGCGAAUCUUCUUACAUUCCAUCAGGGACUCCUGCAUCUUCUGUAAUAGAGCACGCUGCGAGCAAUUUGUUUUC